UACCACGUGAUCAGCUGCGUCCAGUGACACGCUGAUCACCAGGAAAUGCAAUUGCCGGUUCUCGGAUGCACUUUCCUCACACUGUCAGAGCCAGUUGUCAGAGCACGGAUCGGCACCGAUCAUCAGUGCACUGAUGAUCGGUGCCCAGCAGUGCCACCCACCAGUUCCGCCCACCUGUGCCCAGCAGUGCACCCACCUGUGCUACCCAGCAGUGCCACACACCUGUGCUCAAAAGUGCCACCUACCUGUGCCCAGCAGUGCCACCCACCUGUGCCCAUCAGUGCUGCCAGUCAGUGCCACCAGUCAGUGCCCAGCAGUUUCGCCAGUCAAUGCCACCUAUCAGUGCUGUCUAUCAGUGCCACCUAUCAG